UGGAGAGGGAGGGGAUCCUUGGGCACGGCUUCACUGGAGUGGGGAUUCCCUGCCCGGGUCCCAGGUCGCAGGGGCGGGACCGGGAGCGUCCUUGACGCAACCGUUGGGAUAUCCCCCGCCCCUUGUCCUUCUCCGCGGCAGGUGGCUCCCGACUCGAGCCGCAAUCAUGGGAAACACCGCCAGCGACCGGGUGUCCGGGGAGCGCCACGGCACCAAGGCAGCGCGCACCGAGGGUGCCGGCGGCCAUGCCCCGGGCAAGGAGCACAAGAUAAUGGUGGGGAGCACCGAUGACCCAAGCGUCUUCAGCCUGCAGGACUCCAAGCUCCCUGGGGACAAAGAGUUUGUAUCAUGGCAGCAAGAUUUGGAGGACGCCGUAAAGCCCACACAGCAGGCUCGGCCCACUGUCAUCCGCUGGUCUGAAGGCGGCAAGGAAGUCUUCAUCUCUGGGUCCUUCAACAACUGGAGCACCAAGAUUCCCCUGAUUAAGAGCCAUAAUGACUUUGUUGCCAUCCUGGACCUUCCUGAGGGAGAGCACCAGUAUAAGUUCUUCGUGGAUGGACAGUGGGUUCAUGAUCCAUCAGAGCCUGUGAUUACCAGUCAGCUUGGCACAAUUAAUAAUUUGAUCCAUGUCAAGAAAUCGGAUUUUGAGGUGUUUGAUGCUUUAAAGCUAGAUUCUAUGGAAAGCUCAGAGACAUCUUGCCGAGACCUUUCCAGCUCACCCCCAGGGCCUUAUGGUCAAGAAAUGUAUGUGUUUCGAUCUGAGGAGCGAUUCAAGUCCCCACCCAUCCUUCCUCCUCACCUUCUCCAAGUUAUUCUUAACAAGGACACUAACAUUUCUUGUGACCCAGCCUUGCUCCCUGAGCCCAACCAUGUUAUGCUGAACCAUCUCUAUGCGUUGUCCAUUAAGAUAAAGAAACUAAGGCUCAGAGAAGGUCAAAUUGCCAGACAGUGUGAUGGUCCUUAGUGCCACUCAUCGCUACAAGAAGAAGUAUGUCACUACUCUGCUAUACAAGCCCAUCUGAAGGGAUCCCUUCCUGCCUCCCGGGAUUCUGGAGAAGCCUCUCCCUUAACCUUUGUGGACUGAGCCAGUCUUACCUGAGACUGAAAGGCUGAUUUGCUUUGAGGCUGAUAUGUGUGUGUCAGAGCCUCUGAGUAGGAUGCUCUCCUUUUGUAUUUGAUUGCAGAUAAGAGCUUUUAUGAGUUCAUGGAAUUUAUUUUAAGAAAAAAAAGUCUGUAUAUGAGAGUAAGGUUAUUGGAAGCCUCCUAGCCCCAGCUAGAUGUAUUCUUUCUGCCUAUGGGCACUCACCAAGAUCUGUUUGGGGGAACUGCAGGAAGGAUGAUACAGGAAGCUUUUUUUCUAAAAUGAAUGAACAGCAAACUCUCAGGAUCCUUGUUGGAUGAAGAUUCUAUCCCUGCCACCUUGAGUCUCCAAGGGAUGGAUCGUGCCAGAUUGCUGCCCUACGCACAGCUGCCUCAUUGCAGGGGCAGCUUUUCUUGCAUGGGUUCUCUGUAUUCCCAGAGUAUGUGGCACAUUCUGUGUAUUUUGAUACCCCUCAACAACCUUUCUUCUCAUUUCACAUUCUAGCUUUGAUAGCCUCCUUCAGAUCCCAUACCUGAUCCAUAUCUAACAUAAAACUCACUGGGUAAGUGUCCCCUUUGAAAGACUCUGUUGGACCUGACCCACUUCAGAGACUAGGAUUGCCAGAAGGGUUCCUUUUCAGCCCAGCAGAGGCCCAGGCCUCUUUAUCACUGCUUGUUUGAACUUCCAUUAAAGGAAAGAUGACUCUGCGUUAGGAAAGACAGAAAGCGGAAGACUUCCUUGCUUGUUUUAAUUUGGUGCCACACCUUACUAUGUUGGCACAUUUUUGUAGGUUUUCCCUCCCGGCCCAGGCCUGCUUAAUGUCUUUUUGUUUUUUUUUUUUCUCAGAGCAGACAGUUCUGAAGUAAGGUAAAAAUGGAACCAGGGAAAACCUUCGUGUUUUUCAUCCCUGGAAGAUUUUUAUGUGCCUACAUUUUUCUUUAAUUGGGGGGGAAAAAAGCCUUUUCAUUGAUCUAAAGAGAUUGUAUAGGAAAACUUCAGGCUCUUGGGAAAUGGUUCCUAAGAUUUUCUUCUCUAGUCUAGCCUGCUACAAUCUUAUAUAAGUAUGGCCGACCCCGUGCAUUACAUUAAGCACUGCUCUCAGUACACAAAUUCAUUCAGUUCUUUUGAUGCAUCUGAAGAAUUCCUUCAAAAGGGCAUCAAAAGAUUGAUUAGGCCAAGGUGCAAGAAUGUAACCCUGGUGUUCCAAUCAUGAAAAGUAUGACUCUUUGCACUAAGCUCUAACAGGAUCAUUUUGUUCUUCUGCCUCCUCUUUUUAAAUGUUUGAGAAUGCAUUGGGGUCAAUCAUGUCCAUUUGUGGACUGAAAAGUAGCUGUUCAGUCUAUUCCUGGGGUUCCAAGUAUCUGUGGCUCUUCCAUUUUACAGAUAAAUGCAAGUCAGACACCCAACACUGAAGGAGGCCAGCUCUUCAUGAUUGAGAGACUCCCUGACUGCUAAGAUGAGCCCAACCACACUGAGAGGGCACUCACAGGUCAGUUUAGCUACCUCCUAUCUUUCCCACGCACCGCUGGCAACACAGUUGUCUUCGGGGUCCAGAGACCUCUUGGAUCCUAGGUGUGAGGUAGCAGGAUGUGGGGUUGUUGUUUUGCUGGGAUUGCAGAAUACUCUGUGCUUAGGUGGUUAAUUGCUGAGAGUAAAUAACUGCUUUACCACCCAAGGCUACCUUCUGCAGUAGAAGGCUUUUGUGCAGAGCCUUUUAUGGUCCCAACCACUUUUUGAACAGUGUGCCAUUUUUUAAAUCCAGGUUGAAUGCUGUUAUAACCAACUCUCAGGUUCUAUAUAGUCUUCAGUUGUACUAGAAUUUUGUUUUUAUCCAAUACCCAUUAAAUAAGUGGCCAUUUAUGAAGAUUCAAAAUCUUUGUUAUGUGGAGGAUUUUGUUGUACUCAUAUUUCAUGUAAACAGGGCUGAAGUAUGAUUAUUUAUGUGUUCAUGUAUUAAAAUUUUUACUCCACACAGGUGUAUCAGUAGAGUGGGGCAGGAAAAGAGAUCCCUUCAAUUUCUCUCAGGCUAGAGACUUCUGUGAACUGGGUCUGGCUCCAGUGACAGUAGGUUUUGGUGCUGGUGUCCUUCAGAUCUUUCUAAUUGGAAAUAUGCAGAGAGUGUCAGUUUCCCAAGUUCUGAGGUACUCUCUCAGCCAGAUGUGAAAUGAGAGCCUACCAGAUGGUGUGGAAGGGGAUGGGUAAGAGGAACUGCCCCUUCUCCAUACUGAAAACACAUCUCAAGGUCUUCUGAAACCCUAUCACAAUACUGGUCUGUCCCCACAGAAACUGUUUCAGAGGAUAGAGAGGGAGGGAAGAAGGUAGCCCAGAGUACAACUCAUUCAUUCUUUUCUAUGGGUUUGUUAAAGAGAGAUUUUUAUUUUCCACAGAAGAGAGUUUGAGAGUUUGGUAGAUUUUGGAAAUGAGUAAGGGGAGUAAAAUUUUUUUUAGUCUUUUUUUUUGAGGAGGGGAGGGGUGUGCCGGGUGGGCUAUAGGAGAUUCACAGAGUCAAAGUUGACAGUAAGAAAAUUAGCUCUUCAGGAGAGCUGGUCCUGAAAGAAUUACAACUCGGUUUGGGGGUUGUGGGGAAAAGAAAGAAGAGUGACUGAGCUAGAGAGUGAUAUUAGAAAAACACUUAAGUAAUUUAGAACUGAAAAUAUCCUCUUUUUUUACAAUCAGACAUAAUGUGGCAUCCUUGGAUCUCAGUGUAUAAAACUUGGCACUGCAUAAAACAUCUUCCCUUUGCCUCUCUGUUCCUUUUCUCUACUCUUUUCUGCUUUAACUUCAUUUGUCAGGUGGACUUUAUCAGGGUGUCAAGUCAACCAUUACCUAAAACAAAUAGACUAGUCAUCUUGCUGGUACAGAGAACUUCCAGAUCUUGGUUAUUAGCUUGCUAAGAGCUUAGAGUUUUAACCUCUGUAGGCAACAGUCUGAAUAGUACACCUAGUGGCAAUGGUGUUGGCUUUUUUAAAUAUAUAUCCUUGUAUGGUAGAGAAACCCUGUAAAAGAAGAAUCUAAGAGAAGUUUCCAGGAGGAUCCUACAAACCCAGGCCCACUCACUUCCCUCCAGUUGUUUCUAGUCUCUCGUAGACCCAUUGGAUCUGAGAUGAAACCUUUGAAAAGUGUCAGUUCUCUGUCUAUGCUGCUAAGAUGAAGUUUAGAAAGAAGUGAUACCUUCAGACUGGAUUUAUAUUAAUCUGAGGUAUAAUUGAAGGAGACAUUAUAAUGAUAGAAUUCCCUGUUUAAUUGGGGAAAUAGGGCUUUUUAAAUUUUGACCUCAACUAAAAAUAAUAUGCAAUAGUCUAUGUUUGUGUGUGUUUGAAAUACAUUAUAUUCUCAGAGAUUUCUAAAAUCCUUACUGUUCAGUCAUUUGAGGCAUGGGCUUAAGAGCAGAUACAUAGUUUGUUCCUACAUUAUUCUGACUCAUCCUUGAAGCCAAGGUUCUUGCUGUCUUCUACAAGCUGCUGCUGAUCCAGUUACCCAUGGGAUGGGUAAGGGUUAGGGUCUUUUUAAAACUCUGUGGAUCUAGGCAUUUGUCUCUCCUUAGAUGCCUAUCACAAUUGAAGGGCUAUGAUUUCUACAGUGAACCCAAAUUUGAAGUAAAAAGGCCAACUGUAUUUUAAAAUUAGAAGAAAAAAAAGAAGGAACAACUCAAAAGUCUAUUACUUAUGCAAUCCAUUUCUUUGCAGUGGAAUCCUUCUAGCAUUCUAAUUUGGGCUUUUGUCUUGAUUUGCUUUUCUCAGUUGUGCUUUGAAGUGAAUAUGCUUUGUUAAAAAUUAAGAUAUUAGUUCCAGCAUUAGUUGAUACUUGAGUUCACAGUGCUUUUGCAGCAACAUUGGUGUGCGAUACUAGACCUUCUUGGAUUAUGUAGGUGUCAGAAAGGUUAAAUGGUCAAGAGAUACCUACUUUAAGUUUUAUAUUAGGUAUUGAUCAUCUUCCUUCUUUUUGAUUCCGUUUCCCAGGAUACUUACCCCACCCAGCUUACGGUUUUAGGACAGCCAAAACUCACUGAUAUUGAUUAGUCCUAAUCUCUGCACUUGGCCCCAUAUGUGAGACUUCUGUGAAUUGUGGUAAAUUGGAGGACGUUGGUUGUUAUUAUACUGAAGCAUUUUGAAUUGAGAGCAGUGCUGUAUCUAUCAUAAAUAGAACAUAAGGCUGUAAUUUGAAAGGGAUUAAAUAUGUGAGAGUCCUUUAACUGGUGCUUUGUGUAACCUUUAAUGGUUAGGCACAGAGCUGCUUCUCAGUAUUUCACAAAGGGGUGGCAUACAAGUACCGAUUUUAAAGCUUUGCUCCAAAUGUAAUUUGUCACUGGACUCUAACACGUCUGAAGAUUAUAUGAUGUAACACGGAAAUGUUGUGGGUUUUUUCCAUAAAACUAUUUAAUAAAAGUAUUAUACAGCAA